AUGGAUCCCAAAGCCACUGCUCCCCUUCCCCAAAAGGCCGCUGAGGCGCCCCCCUCGUGCCCCGUAACCGGGCUGGGGGUACCCCCAUUGUCCCCUCCUUCGCGGGGGAGCCGGGCCUGCUCCCCACCCCGUUAUGACCCCGCCUCCAUCGGGCUGCUGGGACCGCCUCCCUCCCUGCCCCACCCCAGAAAAUCUCCUCAGCAUCUCGGCGCCACAGCACCUGGGCAACGCCACCUCAAGAUGUUCCGCUGGCCUUUUGUCAAGGGCCAAAACACCCCGCCAUCGCCGGUCCCCGGGCCCGGGGACCUCCAGCCGAUGCCGCUCCUACUGGACAAGGCCGAUCAGAGGGCGAACCAAUUCGGGUUUGGAAUCAUGAGUCAAUUUAAUUUUGGAGGAUCUCCUGCCACUGGAGGUGGUUUCACCUUUGGCCCUGCAAAGACAACUACUACCACACCAGGACCAGGCUUUUCUUUCUCCACACCUGGCUCUGCAGGAGGGUUUAAUUUUGGGACUCCCUCCCAGCCUACUGCAAGCACGCCUGCUACUAGUUUGUUCUCCCUGAGCACCCCAGCCUCAUCUACACAGACUCCAGGCUUCAGCUUUGGAUCCCAGGCCACACCAACUCCAGCCACUCCUGGGUUUUCCUUAGGGUUAAGUACACCAAAGUUAAAUUUGGGCAGCAGUGGCACCCCACUCUCUUCGGGUAUCUCAGGGAGCUUUGGGCUUGGCAACAGCACACUUACUAAUUCCAUAGCAAGUAAUGUGUCGAGCCAGGCAUCAACUCCUACUGGCUUUAUCUUUGGUCCUCCUACUACCACCGCCACCCAACCUACAUCAUCAAUAGGAUUCUCCUUCCCCAGUGGAAAUGCUUCCCAGGUGGGGACCACUGGUUUUAACCUCGGCUCAAUGGGGAACACAAGUCAACCAACAGCACUUACAGGGUUAACCUUUCCUGCUGCCACUCCGGCUUCCACACAGCCACAUACUCCCUUCAGCCUUGGUGGAGGACAGUCUACAGGUUUAGGAUUUGGAUUAUUGGCCUCUACAGGGUCUACUGCUAUCCCCACUGGAUCACUGGCCACAAGCUUCAAUCAGGGAUCUGCAUUGACUUUUGGCUCUAAGCUGUCAGGGUUGACUCCAGCAACUUCUGCUCCCACCACUACUUCUGGACCUACAUUGUUUGCUUCUAUUGGAAACUCUUCCCUUCCACUAUCUUCUUCUGCCCCAAGCCUUUCAGUUGGGGCCCCAUCUACUUCAGUUGGGGCACCUGGUCUUGGAGUGCUGGGAUUUGGAUUAAAACUUCCUGGAUCAACAAGUGCGACUACUUCCACUACGACUACUACAACUUCAACUUCGACCCCAGCCUUUUCUUUGAACCUGAAGCCACUGGCGACAGCUCCGGGCAUUGGCGCCACGCCUUCUACUGGUGCUGCUUUGCCCUCAACUAGUACAACUCCAGGGCCCACAAUGGAUCAGGACAAUCCCCCAUCCUCUUUAUGGCCCACAAUGGAUCAGGACAAUCCCCCAUCCUCUUUAUGGCCCACAAUGGAUCAGGACAAUCCCCCAUCCUCUUUCUGGCCCACAAUGGAUCAGGAGAAUUCCCCACCUUAUUUCUGUAUAAGCCCUGUGAUGACUUACGCUCAGCUGGAAAGUUUGAUUAAUAAAUGGAGUUUGGAACUGGAGGACCAAGAAAAACACUUCCUUCACCAGGCCACUCAAGUGAAUGCUUGGGACCGGACAUUGAUUGAGAAUGGUGAGAAGAUUACUACUUUACACCGAGAAGUAGAGAAGGUGAAACUGGAUCAAAAAAGGUUGGAUCAGGAACUGGACUUCAUCCUAUCCCAGCAGAAGGAGCUGGAGGACCUACUGGCCCCUUUGGAGGAGGCUGUGAAGGAGCAGAGCGGGACCAUCUAUCUGCAGCAUGCAGAUGAGGAGCGUGAGAAAACUUAUAAACUAGCAGAAAAUAUAGAUGCCCAGCUGAAGCGCAUGGCCCAAGAUCUCAAGGACAUCAUUGAGCACCUGAAUAUGUCUGGAGGACCCCCUGACACCAAUGACCCUCUCCAGCAGAUCUGUAAAAUUUUGAAUGCUCAUAUGGAUUCGCUUCAGUGGAUUGACCAAAAUUCAGCCUUGUUGCAGCGGAAGGUGGAAGAAGUAUCAAAAGUUUGUGACAGUCGUCGCAAGGAGCAGGAACGCAGUUACCGCAUUGUCUUUGAUUAAAUGGCUUGAGCCUUUGAUAGUGUUGUGUUGUUCGUUACCUAUCCAUUAUAUAAAAGGUCCUAGACUAAAAGUUGAGUAAAACAUGAAGUUACUAUCUGUAGUAGUUAAAUUUUUGUUAAAGUAAAUUUUGUGGAAUCCUUUUCACGUUCUAAAUUAGAAUAAAACGUAGUUACUAUCUGUUGUAGUCAAUUUCGUCACAGCAAAGUCUGUGACUAUUUUCCUGUUCUAAAUUUUGAGUAAAAUACAGUUACUAUUUGUUGCAGUCAAUUUUCAUGACAGUGAACUUUGUGAGCAUUUUUCCCAUUCUAAAUUACAAGUAAAACAUACACACUUACUAUCUGUUGCAAUGACUGUCAUCACAGUGAACUUUGUGAGCAUUUUUUCCAUUCUAAAUUACAAGUAAAACAUACACACUUACUAUCUGUUGCAAUGACUGUCAUCAAGUCAACUUUGAGCAUUUUUCCCAUUCUAAAUUACAAGUAAAAUGUAUACUUACUGUCUAUUGCAAUUAAUGUCAUUACAGUGAACUUUGUGAACAUUUUUCUCAUUCUAAAUAUUUAAGAAGAGAAAACUUGUGAUUUUGCAUUCGUUAUAUCAAAAUUUUGUGAACCUUGUUACGUCCAUUAAAUUGGUCACAUGCUUUGU